AUGGCAUUUUAUGCACUCCAGAUUUGGGGUUUGUUGACCUCCCGGGCCUCAGGAAAGGUGCACUCACGGGUGAAUGAGGAGGAGGACGCUCCCCCACCUCCAACUUCCCCCCGUUCGGCCUUGCUACCACAGCAGCGGCAUACACGCGAGGGCGACACGAAGGACAAGGGCGAUCCCGUACCUUCCCCUGCUACCCCUUCCUCCUUGCUACCGCGACAGCAAGAGGAACUCGAGGGCGACGGAAAGCAAGAGGAUUAUCAGGUACCCACCGCUUCUACACCCCCCGUCGUGCUGCCGCAACAGCAGGAAGAAGGCGAGGGGGAUGAAGAGGAGGAGGGCGUUCCCAUUGACGAGGGCGAUGAAAACGAGGAGGAUGUCCCAGUGCCGCUUGGCUCCCCCAACCAAAGAGAGGAGGUGGUGCGGGAACGGGUCCGUUCUCCGGAACGUGCUUCCUUGUCCCCAGAGAAGACAGAAGAAGUGGACCGAUUGUUCACUGCGCAGCUUUCGUCCCAUGCAGGGUUAAAUUCACUUGUCAGGGAGAACCCUGAAGCUCUGGAGGACAUCCAACGGGUCAUUCAAUCAACAGUCGUUAGAAGCUUUUAUCCCGAUGAUAAGCAUAGCGACAUGGACGGGCGCCGAAAGCUCGCCACGUUGGUGACCAUGUCAACGGCGCUAGGCGAGGUUGCGGUGAGUCCUGUGCGUGGUACGAUUCCCUCAGCAUGCACCAGCAAUGGCUUGACAAGCUUUUCGGUGAGAAACUGGUGUCGAAUAUGGAAUGUGUUGAGGCACACCGAGGACAUGGACGUCCAGCGUAAGGAGAUGGCCUUGCCUCUGUUUUUGAAGGCGUACUGCACUGUCGUCAGAAGCGGUCUAUGCCAGGCGUACCUCGCUUCCAGCGUCAUCGACAGUGACUGGGUGUCCAUGAGCAAGACCGGUGGCAUGGGCAAGGUGGGUGCCGCGUUAGGAUCAAAGUCUGCAGGGGCGGCCGUGAAGCUGAUGUCUCGCGCCGUUCCUGUCGUCGGAGGACUGCCCGAACUAGCGGGCAAAGCGUUGGAGGCCGGAGACCACUUUUUCCAAACUCGGCGAUUGGUAAAGAGAUUCUUCCCGCGUGCUAUUAGAUCCGCCGCAUCGUCCAGCGCACCGAUGGAAGUCAUCGUCCGAUCUCCUGCUGAUUUGGCGGCCGCCCACGACGACGGGUUGCCCUCAAUGACAGACUUUGCGGUCAUACAAGCAGAAUUAGCAGCGUUGAAAGCCGCCAAGGACAAACAACAAGCAGAGCUGGAAGAGUUGCAAGCCGCCAAGGACAAGCAGCACGAAGACCUGGAAAAGAAGCAAGCGAAAAUCGAAGCAGUGGAGUCCCGCAACGAACACAUCCGUCGCUGUAGCACGCAUUGGAGGUGCCGUGAACGUGCGCGCACCGCACAGGCAGCCCACACGAAAGGCCGACACUGCCUACAGAAGUGCUUGUGGGAUGAUAUCUUCGAAAGCACAUUCCUGCACGUGUCUGUCGGAUGUUGGCACUCACUGCGUUGUGGGGCAAUAGACUAA